UGCCAGUCAGCUGAUGGAGACGGGCCCCUCCCAGGCUGCCAGCCCUGCUGGUAUAAAGCCAGCGGGCCUUGAGCCGGGCUGGCAGAGCACGCUGGGGAAGGGAAGCCUGUUUGCCAGGAGGCAGCCAUGGCCACGCUGUACCCCUCGCUGGAGGACAUGAAGGUGGAUCAGACCUUGCAGAGUCAGGUGAACGCAGCUGCCAGGGCUCCGGCGCCCACUGCAGACAACCGGGCACUGCCCAGCAACACCAACCCCGCGCCGGUGCUGUACCCCAACCUGGCAGAGCUGGGGACCUACAUGGGCCUCUCCCUCGACAGUGAGGAGGUGCAGAAGACCCUGGAGCUGGUGCCAGCCAGCAGCGCGGUGGCACCGGUCCCUUCUGCCCACGGGCAGGUGGUGGCACCACUGAGCGGUUGCAGCCCGGGCAUGCGCCGGGCAGAGAUCAAGCCGGGCUUGCGGGAGAUCCACCUGUGCAAGGACGAGCAUGGCAAGACUGGGCUGCAACUGAAGAGCAUCGACCAGGGUAUGUUCGUGCAGCUGGUGAAGGCCAACUCGCCGGCGUCACUGGUGGGGCUGCGCUUCGGGGACCAGGUGCUGCAGAUUGAGGGCAAGGACUGUGCAGGCUGGAGCAGCGACAAGGCACGCCGGGCCAUGAAGAAGGCCUCGCCCGAGAAGAUCGUCAUGAUCGUGCGGGACAGGCCCUUCCAGCGCACGGUGACGAUGCACAAGGACAGCGCAGGGCACGUCGGCUUCGUGGUCAAAAAGGGGAAGAUCGUCUCGCUGGUCAAAGGCAGCUCGGCCGCCCGCAAUGGCCUCCUCACCAACCACUACCUCUGCGAGGUCAACGGCCAGAACGUCAUCGGGCUCAAGGACAAGCAGAUCACGGACAUCCUGGGGACAGCCGGGAACGUCAUCACCCUCACCAUCAUCCCCACGGUGAUCUACGAGCACAUGGUCAAAAGGCUGUCGCCCAGGCAGGUGAAGUCCUCCAUGGAUCGCUCCAUUCCCGACCUGUAAAGCCAGGUGCCCUGCUCCGGCGCAAAGAGACGGACGGCUCGCUUCACCUGGAGACUCACCGCCCCACGGCCUGGGCAGGGGAGCAGGGUGGGAGGCUGAAAGAGAGACCCCAACGAUGUGGGUAGAAACCCAGCCCAGCCUGCCGGCACCCACACUGCUGCUGCGUCCACGCUCCACGGCAGGGGGGAGCGGGUGCAGAUCUCUCCGUCUAGGGGACAGGGCUCAGGGGUGGCUCUAGGGUGCAGGGCCCUGGCGCCAAGCGUUGCACGGAUGCCACGCGCACGAAGCUUGAGUCCAAACUGGGGACCCGACUCAGGCUGGGGGGGUGCCAGGGGGCCUUUACCUACAGUCA